CAAGCAUUGAGUUGGAUUGAUAGUUAUGGAGUGGAGUGAGGCUUGGGUUAUUCCCUUCCUUUUAGUACCGUACGUACUACGUUGUACUCGUACGUUAAUGUUUAAUGUACGAUAUAUGGUGGAGGCCACUUCAACUUGACAAGAGAGGAGGGAGGGAGGUACAGGAUCAGCGUCGAGUGUCGAAUAAGUCCGUCGAUGACUUUCCCGACGAUGGCCGCAUUAGGGCUGGCCACACUGGGCUGGAGCGUAGGGCGAGUACAUAUUUCACUGAACACCCGCCACGAGGACCCACGACCGGCUCCACGACCAUCCUACAUCACAGUCAGGGCACAUCGAGCAGGAAGAUCUAGCGAACACCCCGUACCAUGCCAUCAACGAAGUUUCGAUCGGUGGUUCACUGCACAAUGGUUACCGAAAGGCAAAGCUUUCUCGUGCCGGCUCGUUAUAUCGCUUGAUCACAUCGCGGGACUGCCCUUUCAAGUCGACGAUGCUGCAUGGAGUGUCCACGUAUCUCAUAUCCGCUUCAAACCGCUCCAACACCUAAUCAACAUGUCAAUUCAGAUGAUACGUGUGACUUUGUCCUAAC